AGAGUUGAGCCCGUCAGAGAGGAAGAAGAAGAAGAAGAAGAAGAAGAAGAAGAAGAAGAAGAAGAAGAGUUAAAGACAGACGGAUUAAAGAGGACAGGAGCUGAAUCUGGACAUCAUGUCUCUGCGGGACGAACUGUUGAAAUCCAUCUGGCACGCGUUCACAGCUCUGGAUGUGGACAAGAGCGGCAAAGUCUCCAAAUCUCAGCUCAAGGUUCUGUCCCAUAACUUAUGUACAGUGAUGAAGAUCCCACACGACCCCGUGGCGCUGGAGGAGCACUUUAAAGACGAUGACGAGGGUCCGGUCUCCAACCAGGGCUACAUGCCAUACCUCAACAAGUUCAUCCUGGAUAAGGUGACAGGUAACUUCGACCGUCAGGACUUCAACAAAAUGUGCUGGACGUUGUCCUCGAGGAAGAACCUGGAUCAAAGCAAGCUGCUCAUCUCCAACGACGACGCCUUCAAGAUCUGGUGCAUCUUCAACUUCCUGUCUGAGGACAGAUACCCGCUGACCAUCGUCACUGAGGAGAUUGAGUACUUCCUGCGUAAGUUGACGGAGGCGAUGGGGGGCAGCUGGGUGGAGGAGCGUUUCGAGGACUACAAGCUGCAGCUGAACUCAAAGCAGCAGAGUCUGAACGCCUGGGAGCUCAUCAGCUUGGUGGGCUCGGGUCACUUCAGUAAAGGCAUGGACCGCCAGACGCUCUCCAUGGGCAUCAACGAGGUCUACCAGGAGCUCAUCAUGGACGUGCUCAAACAGGGCUACAUGAUGAAGAAAGGUCACAAGAGGAAGAACUGGACGGAGCGCUGGUUCCUGCUGAAGCCAAACUCCAUAUCUUACUACGUGGGCGAGGACCUGGCUGAGAAGAAAGGAGAUAUCUUAUUGGAUGGAAACUGCAGCGUGGAGCCGCUUCAGGACAAAGAAGGAAAGAAAUGUCUCUUUCUCAUCAAGUCGUCACAUAAAAGCUUUGAAAUCAGUGCGUCGGACAAGAAGAAGAAGCAGGAGUGGAUCCAGGCCAUUCAGACCUGUGUGAACCUGCUGCGUCAGGGUCGGCCAGCGCCGCACCGCGAGGCUCGACAGAAGCGCCGGGAGCUGCGUCUGAAGCAGCAAGCUGAGCAGGAGGAGCUGGAGCUGAGGAUGAGCGAGCUGCAGACGGCUAACGAGGCCAAACAACAGGAGCUGGAGAACAUGCGGAAGGCUCUGGAGGAGGCUGCGGCUAACGCAGCAGAAGAAGAACGAAGGCGUCUUCAGACCCAGACUGAACUCCAGGACCGAUACAGGACGGACCUGGAGAGAGAGAAAAUGGUACGGCAGCAGAUGGAGGAGCAGGUGGCCCAGAAGUCCACUGAGCUGGAGCAGUACCUGCAGCGAGUUCGGGAGCUGGAGGACAUGUACCGCCAACUGGAGGACGCGCUGGAGGACGAGCGGCGUGCCAGACAGGACGAGGAGGCCGUCAGGAAGCUGCAGGCACGGUUACUGGAGGAGGAAGCUACAAAGAGGGCGGAGCUAGAGGAGUUCCACCUGCGGCAGCAGCUCGCCAUCUCAGAGACGGAGGCUGAGAAAAAGGAGCUGGAGAAGGAGCGUCUGGCCAAAGAGAGCGCCCUGCAGGCCGCCAUGAAACAGCUGGAGCAGCUGGAGCUGGAGAGGCAGGGGGCGCUGGAGCAGUACCAGACGGUGAUGAAAAAACUGGAAGACGCAACAAACAACACAAAAACCUGGAAACACAAAGUGGCUGAACACGAGGGAAUGUUACGACUCAUCCAACCAGGGUCAAAGGGACAGCAGCUCAUCACCAACUGGGGCCCAGCAGCCUUCUCUGAUGCAGAGCUCAGUCUGAGGCAGAAGAAGUGGCAGGAGAUGAAGAACCAGACGACCCAGGCCCAGUAGGUCCUCAUCUCAACCCUGAACCUUAAACAUGCCCGCCACUCUGAGGAGAUGAGGAGACAGGGCUGCUGGGAGAUAACAGGUCUGAGGAGGGACUGGGAGGAGUUCUCUGGAUGUUCAGUGUCCACAUAAAGCAUUUAUCAUGAGGGGGCAUUAAAUAACCAUCUGUAAAUCUGUAGUGGGAACCAGCACCUGUAGAGCUGGUUUAAACAAGUCAGUGUAGACCACAAGUCUCUGUCAGUGUAGACCACCACUGAUUAAACAAGUCUCUGUCAGUGUAGAGCACCACUGAUUAAACAAGUCUCUGUCAGCGUAGACCACCACUGAUUAAACAAGUGUAGACCACCACCGAUGAAACAAGUCUCUGUCAGUGUAGAGUACCACUGAUUAAACAAGUGUAGAGCACCACUGAUUAAACAAGUCUCUGUCAGCGUAGACCACCACUGAUUAAACAAGUCUCUGUCAGUGUAGACCACCACUGAUUAAACAAGUCUCUGUCAGCGUAGACCACCACUGAUUAAACAAGUCUCUGUCAGCGUAGACCACCACUGAUUAAACAAGUGUAGACCACCACUGAUUAAACAAGUCUCUGUCAGUGUAGACCACCACUGAUUAAACAAGUCUCUGUCAGCGUAGACCACCACUGAUUAAACAAGUCUCUCUGAUUAAACAAGUGUAGACCACCACUGAUUAAACAAGUCUCUGUCAGUGUAGACCACCACUGAUUAAACAAGUCUCUGUCAGCGUAGACCACCACUGAUUAAACAAGUCUCUCUGAUUAAACAAGUGUAGACCACCACUGAUUAAACAAGUCUCUGUCAGUGUAGACCACCACUGAUUAAACAAGUGUAGACCACCACUGAUUAAACAAGUCUCUGUCAGUGUAGACCACCACUGAUUAAACAAGUCUCUGUCAGUGUAGACCACCACUGAUUAAACAAGUCUCUGACAGCAUAGACCACCACUGAUUAAACAAGUCUCUGUCAGUGUAGACCACCACUGAUUAAACAAGUCUCUGUCAGUGUAGAGCACCACUGAUUAAACAAGUGUAGACCACCACUGAUUAAACAAGUAUCUGUCAGUGUAGACCACCACUGAUUAAACAAGUAUCUGUCAGCGUAGACCACCACUGAUUAAACAAGUGUAGACCACCACUGAUUAAACAAGUAUCUGUCAGCGUAGAUCACCACUGAUUAAACAAGUCUCUGUCAGUGUAGACCACCACUGAUUAAACAAGUGUAGACCACCACUGAUUAAACAAGUCUCUGUCAGUGUAGACCACCACUGAUUAAACAAGUCUCUGACAGCAUAGACCACCACUGAUUAAACAAGUCUCUGACAGCAUAGACCACCACUGAUUAAACAAGUCUCUGUCAGUGUAGACCACCACUGAUUAAACAAGUCUCUGUCAGUGUAGAGCACCACUGAUUAGACAAGUCUCUGUCAGCGUAGAGCACCACUGAUUAAACAAGUGUAGACCACCACUGAUUAAACAAGUCUCUGUCAUUUUAAGAGUCAAUAAACAGAAACUAAAGUCUCAUUUUCACAUUAUGAGGUCAAAGUUCAGUGAGGAGUGAGCAGGAAUCAAACAAAAACAUGAAGACGUGAUGACUCAGUCACUGAUUAAGCAGCUAGUAAUGUAGACUGUAGUGUGUUUAAUGAGUAAGGAGUUCUUUUUGAAAUGGUGUACAGGACAUACAUUUGUUAUGUAGGUAGAAGAGCUGAUUGAGUGAAGUUUGGUCAUUUAUAAACUGAUCUUUAACCCAACAAACACGACACCACUGGUUAGCUAACGUUAGCUCAUCAGUGUAGACCAGAGGGCGGGCCAUGGGCACCAUGUUUCUACAUGUUGUCUGCAAAACUGACAGAAACUAACAUAAAAGGUGAAACAUUUACAUCACAAAACAUUAAAAAGUCACCAAUUUUAAAUGGGCAGAGCUUUGAAAUGUGGCGCUAAAGUUCACUGAGUCAAAGGAGCGCCGGUCCAACAGGAAAGGCCUCUGUUAUUUCACUUUAUUUUGAUUUUUUUCUGAAAAUGAACCAGUUAGUUCCUGAUUAAAGGGUGUCUAUCGACCUAACGUCACACAGCAGCACAACACGAGCUAAGAUCCAAACAAACCUACAAUAAAUACAUGAUUAAUCUGUUGACUUUAAGAUGUGCAGCUUGUUCAAAGUCUCGGGUUUGUUCACCUCUAUCCUUCGUCAUCUUCAUCUGUGUCCUGAUCUGUAUCUAUGAAAUACACUACUUUACCCCAGAGUCUGAUCUGUCCAACAUAAAUCACCUGAGUGUGUUUUAGGUUCACGUUGUUGUAAAGUUCAGAGAUAUUGAGUCAAAUCUAUUACAAUAUCUUUGACAUAACAUGACCUACUGAGACAAACAACCCUCCCCCUGCUGUGGCCUUUUUCCUCUUUGGGAACAUUUUUAAUUGAAGGGAUUUUUGUACAUAUUUUAACAGCAGUUUGUGUUUUUGUUGUUCUUCCUAAAGUUGUGUAGCAUCAGUAAAAUAUUUAAUGUAAAGUCAAUCAUGUUUAACAAAGUUGUCUCCUAAAAACAGUCUCUAAUGAAAUAUCAUGUACAACUCACUAAACAUUUCCUCAUUAUAUCAAAGUGCUUCUUGUCCUCAGUCUGUCUGACCUACAUCUGCAUCAUCAGUGAUACAGAACAUUUCCUGUAAACACAGUCAGAAAUCAGAAGUAGGGCAUCAAGCCAAAGCCUCACCCCGACGGAUAAUCUAACAUGUGUCCUGUGUAGUUGUACCGUAACCAUCAGUGCCUUUGAUACGGUCACACGUCAACACUGUGAUUUCUAUUUGAUGUUUUUAUAUAAAUAUGUAAAAAGCUGAAGACUGAACUGUUGAAUAAAACACAUCUGUAAUAACUGG